ACUUUCCAUGUGCGCAAUUUGGCUCGAUCGGAGCGCCCAGCCCCUGCUGGGAGUGCACAACGAAGCGGUGCUUGCGCUCACGCGCAGGCACCUGGCGGCCCCAAAUUGGGGCGGCUGUUGUGGCGCUGACGCUUGUUACGCAUCCGGCUAUGCUCUGGUUUUCUGCUUGGCUUGUGCCGGUGACCGCUUUGCUGGUUGCAACUUUGAGAUUCUGAUGAUGGAAAAACGACCCACGCAAUGAUCAACAAGGCCUAUGCUGACAAGUGGGGCUAUCGCUUCACACUGGCGAAACCGGAAGCGAUGCUUUCCAGAACGCUUGCGGUCCAAAAACGCCGCCUGCGGCUGGAUGCUUUACAUGGAUUCCACCUAGAGGUUGUUCAAGGUGGCAUUUUCCAAUGGGACGCCAGAAGAAGUGGCAUGGUCAGUGACAAGAUCUUCUUCAUCCAAGCCAAUGGACAUGGUGAAGAACUAAUGAAUGCCUGGCGGAGCUCCAGCAGUGAAGAUGAGGCCAUGAGUUUCGAGGCUGCCGAGCAAGGAACGCUGACGGAGUUGCUGUUUCCCGGCAAGGCCAUGAAACUUUUCCAGGUGUCCCAUGCCAAGAUUCACGGCAGCGAGCAGCUUCGGGGGAAAGCCACGGUGCUUUUUUCCGCAGGAACUGAGGGACAGUGUUGGGGGGACUUUAUCCAGGACACGUCCCUGGCCCCGGAAGCUGUGAAGAAGAAGCGCUCACUGGAGCAGUUGAGACGCAUAGGUCUUGUGGGUGCCCGCUUUAACGAGCGCCUGCCCGCGCUGAGCGCGGCCAUGAGAGGAUGGAAGGUACCCACAUGGACAGCUGGGAUGGCUGGACAUCAGGCGUUGAUUUCCCAAAAGGUGAAAGUGCAGGUGAAGAAAGAGAACCUGGAAGCGGAAGAGAAGGAGAUUCUCGCGGAGCUUGGGGAAAGCGAAGAGUGAUCCUGGAGGCCGAGCCAAGCAGAAACUUGGCACUGAAGGU